AUGGGUGAAAAGGAAGAAGCCGCUCCGGUGCUCUUGCAGUGCCUCGAGAGCGGCCGUGUCGACGUCAUUUGCUCCAUACUGUCACAAAUGAGUAAGUAUUCUCUAAACUUUGCAACCUGGAAGUAAUUUGUUCCAGAAGCUCAGACGGAUUUCCACGCGCAAGUUGACAAACUGUGUUGCAAAGAAGGAACGCUGCUUCACAAGGCUGUAGACCUAGGUAGUUUUCAUUUCCAAUAGCUCUAUUACAAAAAGUUUUGCAGAUGCUGCUGACAGCGUCGCUUCUCUGCUCUCCGGCGGUGUCAACCCGUGCGUGCAGAACUCGCAGGGCAAGACGGCAUAUCAAUGCUGCAAGUCGGAAGCCGUACGACUUUCGUUUGUACGAGAGGCACUUCAAUCUAUCAACAUGGAUAAGUAA